AUGGGAUAUCUUGUUGAUAUCCAUUUCAAGCAAGUUGCUGUUCUUAGCUUACCAUUAACAAUUAUGGCCAUUUUCACGACACAUAAUCCGACGACAAUGACGAGCGAAGAAAUUGCAACUUUUCAUUUUUCCACACGUCUCACCAAUUUCACAAUUAAAACUAAAACAUUUUUCAUCAUAAAUUUAAAUGAUUCUGUUGUGAAUAAAAAGCAGAGGUUGAGAUUUAUUCUAUUUCAAGAUCAAAAACGAUUUAGGACGACAUCAAACUGGGAAAUGUUCGAGCAAAUCCCGAAGGUCCUUUCCAUAGAUGAAUCUGAUUGUAAAUCCUUUGAUGUUGUUUAA